AUGGACGAUGACGCGGACUUGGCGGUCCACGAACCAUCUCCUCGCACCCGAUCAGGCAGCGCAAGCAGUGGCCACAAUCGAAGCUUUUCUAGCUCCCUCCUCUCGAGAAUUUCCUUCCUUCGCGUGAGCCAGGCAGCACAUACCUCCCUAGGUCGAUCACAUCCAGACAUGGACCACGAUGGCGACGAAGACCUCCACUCCGGCAUGCCGCAGAACACAGGCAAGGGAGGCACCACCAGCAGCCGGGCAAUAUCUGCCGCUCUCGCACAGAAUCGAACGCGUCGCCGACGUGGCUCCCUCCGCAAAACGGCAUUGCUUGGCACCCGGCUUGAAUCGCGCGACAAACGAGCCACUGCGAAAGCCGCGGAAGCCCUCGAAGCCCUGCGCGCAGAACCCAGCCGACUCCCAGCAGCCAAUCUACAAGCCGCUAUACAACUAAAAGAUCAAACCACUUCCGAUAAUGGACCUACGCGAUACUCACUGCGUGAAAGCAAGGCCUUCGAUGACGACCGCCACAUUACCCAACAGCCGACCUGGUUUCGCGCGGCAAAUACCCAGAACCCCAUCCGACGUUCAAUGAGCCGCCGACGCCAGGGCCUCGCACAGCAUAAUCUCCAAGAACAUGCCACGGACGACGAGGACCUCGUCUCCUUCCCUCGCCUCCACUCCAGUCCAAACUCCGCGGCGGCCGGCACGGGCACCAGCCCCAAAAUCGGCUCCACAACCGAUUUACACCUCUCCCCACCGUCCUCUAGUUCAGACUCUUUCUAUUCACUCCAACCACAGCCAGAACCGGCAUACCUACCCGUCCACCGACACAAGUCCUCGCCCCUGGCCACGCACCCGGUUGAGAUGAAGAGCAGUCCGGAUGUGGGCGUGGACUACUCCGAGACUGAGUGGUGGGGCUGGAUUAUACUGAUUGUGACGUGGCUGGUCUUUGUUGUAGGUAUUGGGAGCUGCUUCGAGGUUUGGAGCUGGGCUUGGGAUGUUGGGGAGACGCCCUAUGCACCGCCUGAGUUGGAGGACGAUCCUACUUUGCCGAUUGUCGGGUAUUAUCCUGCACUUAUAACUCUGACGGCUGUCAUGUCUUGGGUUUGGGUUGUUGUAGCUUGGAUGGGUAUGAAGUACUUCAAGCAUGCUAAUAUAUCCGGGGAGGAUCUUUGA